GACAGUAUAGUUUCCUAGAUUGUAUAGUGUGUACACGUUGUCUGCUCUUGUCUGGUGACAACUGUGAACCGUAAUGUCCCUGUUCAACGCUAUGAAGGCGUUGAAGGUUCUGGGGAACAUGGAGACACAUAAGGAGGUAAUAAUAAAGACACCCCUAACUACAACGAUAGAGGGACCAGCUAACAGCAUGUCGGAGAUUCCACAACCUCAUGGUAUCCCCAUGUCCAUGGAACUAUACGAGGCUGAUGACCUGAACAAAGCUGGAGAGAGAUGGGGUGAACUGGAAGGUGAAGACCUCGCAGUUGAUAUCGUUGAAUUUCCUAAGAAACCAAAGAGCUGGAAGAGUAAACUACCUGAGCCUGACCAAGCAUUGCUUGGGAUCAGCAACCUGCUGUUCAUGAAUAACAACCAAACAAAACCAAGUGAAAUCGCUGGACCAGUGACAUCAGAUAAGAAAGACCUGCUUAACAAUGAGUGGCAGCACACUGAAGUUAAUUUGAAUCACAUUGAUUUGGAAGUUGAAAGAAAGAGGGUCAACUCUCUAAAAAAAGCGUACCAUGAACCGUGUGGCUUCUUCGACCAUGAAAUCUGUUCGUUAAACUUGAGGAAGGCAAUACUUUACCAAUCCAAGAGUCUAGUCAAGAUUAUCAUUCGUUCUCACCGCAUUGCGUUCCUAAAAAACCCUCAAGCCUUGAUUGUUACUCAGGACAAGUCUACUGUAGUAAAUAUGAUGGAUGCUUUCAGGGUGACUCCUCUAAUGAUUGCCGCCAAGGUCGGUAACUUCAAGAUAGUUAAGGUACUGUUACAGUACGGAGCCGACCCUACUUGUAUUACGAGUUCUGGCGACACUGCACUUUCUAUCGGGGCUAGGCAUCAUAAUGAACGUAUGAUAGAGCUACUAAUAGAUUACGGAGCUGAUAUUGGUGUAGCUCUUUGCAUGGUCGGUCUGAAUAGACCUUCUCUCUACCAGAAACGUAGAAGCAAAGACAUGCUAAAUGCCCCAACUAUUGGGUUAUCUCAUUACGGAUUCAGUUUUGAGCCAAUCCUCAUUUUGUCUCAACCAAAAUUUCUGCUGAGGACCCGAAAUCCCAUUUUCGAGGCAUUUAAAGUGGGAACUAUUAUCAACAAGAUAGGUGAUAAAAAAGACGAAUAUCUCGGUGAUUGCGAUUCCCUGGAAAGCCAAACCGAUGACUUCGCGUACUACUAUCUAGACCAAUGCCGGACAAUGUGGGAAGCGCUCCUCCUCCUGCAUGACCAACAGGUUCAUGACCAAAACAUUGAUCUUCUUCAAUAUGCUCUGAAGAAGAAGAAGAUGAAGUUCAUCUCACACCAUUUUUGUCAGCAGUACAUCAUGGACACAUGGUACGGUGGAGUUCAGAGGGGAAGGACGAAGAACACCCUCAAAAAGCUGGGCCAGCUCUUCCUUCUUCACCUGUUCAUGCCCGUCCUCCUGGUAUAUGCCUUUUUCUCACUGGUUCGAGGGUUUGACUUACUCAACUAUGCUGGGAUAUCCAACACUAAGUUGAUGACUAUUUGGAACCACCUUCAUGUCCCAGUGGUCAGCUACAUAGUGGACUUGUUCAACUUCUUUGUUCUUUGUUCAGUCAUGACAUGGACGUGUGUGACCAUUACUGAUUCUUAUGCUGAUACGAGCGCCGCCGAGAUUGUGCUGUGGAUGUGUCUUGCAGCUCGGUUUAUGGUAGAGAUGGACAAGAUCCGAACGCAAGGCAGGCAUUUCUUUAAACACGCUGGAAAUGUGGUGGAUUUGUCCGUGUCUUGCUGUAUCAUAUUCACUGUGCUCCUUAGAUUUGUAGCCUACGCAAACAUAUAUGAUGCUGCAAAGUUUCCCUUGUGGUCAUCAUAUGUGUACGCAACUGCGUUCUUAGGAUUAAUGCUGCGAAUGUUGGAAAUGUUGGAUAUAACUUACACUCUAGGACCACUCGAAGGAGCCAUCGGCAAAAUGAUGAUGGACGUCGUAAAAGUGUGUUUACUCCUGGUUUUAUGUAUUGUGGGAUUCUCUGUAUCAAUGUGGACUAUCACCUUGCAGUCGUAUCACUAUGAGGAAGAACGACAAAAUAUCACGAACAAAACGUUGACACACCCAGAAUUGUUCUCCGACUACAGUACCACUCUCAUGACACUGUUGUGGUCAACGUUUGGCCUGAUCGAGCCUGAUAACAUUAAAAUAGAUUACAACAACAAUGCUGAUUCUUAUCUCAAGUUACUGUGGGGAGUCUACAUUUUAACAGCUAUGAUCCUAUUCCUGAACAUGUUGAUCGCCAUGUUGACUGAAACAUACGUCAAAGUGAUUAACAACGCUGAAACGGAAUGGAAGUACGCUCGUUCCGUGAUCGUUCAGAAAUAUGUGGGCACCCAUCCAUUCAUGUUCCCGUUCAACCUGAUAUUGUACCCUUUAUUCCUACUCUACCACAUCACGAUAAAGAGAAGAAUGAACAAAUUGAUGGUAAAAGAGACAAAUGAGGCCGAUGAAGAAGCCAUUAGACAGUCAGGAUUUCUGCAUCAGGCUAUUAAAAAAAGGUUCAAGAGCAAGUUCAAGCAAGUGCUGGACAUUCCGUAUCAUCUCCGUAAAAAUAUAUUUGACUAUUGUACCACCUUCCCGUUCCAGACUAAUAAGGCCAAGAAACGUAUGCAUAGAAAAAAGAGCACUUUCAGAGCACCCACUAAAGAAUCUGAGGGUUCAAGUUCAGAUGAAUUGAGCGGUGGUAAUUCUGAAGAGAGCUUGAGUGAAUAAUAUUGCAACUAGGAUGGGUUGUUAAGUGAUUAUCCGCUGUUAUUUAUUACUAUUAGUAAAAAACAUAACAAUCUUUGUUAAAUCAUUUAGACUUUUAGAUUACGAAAGACAAUUGAUUAUUUUAGUUUCAGUAAUAUGUUUAGAUACAGGAUGAAUUCUGAAAAUAAAUAUGGUCCAACGUUUAUAAUUAUAUGCGUUAAUAUACACAGUUUUAUGAUUAUUCUAUACUCUGC